UAAGCAGCGAGCCCUAAACUCCAAAUCCCUUUCCCUCCUUCCCUCCCAUCUCCGUCUCUCAACUCCAUCACCACCUUCCAAUGGGAAGCUUUGCCAAUGGCCCCGCCGAACAGACGGCCAGCAGAGCUCCAGGCAGUGGGCCCGUCGACAAAGGCGCGGAUUUCGCCAACUACUUUUGCACCUAUGCCUUCCUCUACCACCAGAAGGAAAUGCUCUCGGAUCGCGUCCGCAUGGACGCCUACUACAACUCCAUCUUCCAAAACCAAAAUCAUUUCCUUGGAAAGACGGUACUGGACGUAGGCACCGGAAGCGGCAUUCUUGCAAUCUGGUGCGCGAAAGCGGGUGCACGGAAAGUGUAUGCGGUUGAGGCGACGAAGAUGUCGGAUCAUGCUCGUGAGCUUGCCAAAGCGAAUCAGGUGGAUGGGAUUGUGGAGGUGAUUGAGGGUUCAAUGGAGGACAUUACGUUGCCAGAAAAAGUCGACAUAAUUAUAUCAGAGUGGAUGGGUUAUUUUCUUCUGCGGGAAUCUAUGUUUGAUUCUGUGAUAUGUGCACGGGACCGCUGGCUGAAACCCGACGGAGCAAUGUAUCCCAGUCAUGCCCGUAUGUGGCUGGCACCAAUCAGGUCUGGGUUGGGAGAGCAGAAAAUGCAUGAUUAUGAAUCAUCAAUGAGUGAUUGGCAUAGCUUUCUGGAUGACACUGAAGCCUAUUAUGGUGUUGAUAUGAGUGUUCUGACAAAGCCAUUUCGUGAUGAGCAGAAGAAAUACUAUCUGCAGACAUCACUGUGGAAUAACCUCCAUCCACAUCAAGUUAUAGGCACUCCUGCUAUCAUAAAAGAAAUUGAUUGUCUGACUACAACCGUGAAUGAAAUUGUUAAUGUUAAAGCAAAAUUUUCGUCAUCUAUCACUGUAGAGAAGACCAGGCUCUGUGGUUUUGCAGGGUGGUUUGAUGUUCAUUUCCGAGGAAGCAGCAGCAAUCCAGCAACACAAGAGGUUGAGUUGACGACUGCUCCUAGCACGGACAACCCAACACAUUGGGGCCAACAGGUGUUCCUCUUAAACCCUCCACUUCGAGUUAGUGAAGGGGAUGACGUGACAGUCUCCUUCUCAAUGGAUCGCUCUGAAGUAAACCAUCGUCUGAUGGAAGUUGAGUUUGCCUGUGAGAUGAGGCAGGCGUCUGGGAAGUGUUUUCCGCCCAUCACUUCCAAGUUUUAUAUAGAAUGAGGGAGGCAACAGAUCAGAAAUUUGAAUUUAUUGGAUUCAGCCAUACAGCGUUCAUUGCAGAGGGAAAUGAUUGUGUUAUGGCUCCUUGUGGAAAGAAUUCAAUAUCACUACUUCCAUCUUCAAAAAGCCAGUUGUGGUGAGGAAAUGCAGUUUCUGUUGUUGUGUUUUAUUAUGGCCCUCGGAUGAUUACUUUUGGUAGUUUUGAUGGAUGUUUUGAUUCCUGUUAUUUUAUAUUGGUAUUAUAUUAUGCCAGCAUGGCACACAGGUGAAAUAACCACGCCAUCCAUCUUGAUGUUACUGCCGAAAGCUAAAGUCAGUCCACUUAGUAGGUGUCAUGAUAUCAAAAAUAAGUGGACAGGAUAGAAAACUUGGGUCGAUUUUUCACAACCACACACUUAUUCAGUUGAUUGUCGCCCACCUGGCUAGUGGAUGGACCUGAUUCUUGGGAUACGGAAUCUGCGUAGCGGUGCCCUUCUGGUGGGUGCCUUGGAUAUUGCACCUGUCUGCCAUGCUGGCAUAUGUGGGUUUGCCUGCGUUAGUUGAUUUCUUGUACUCACAAUGUCGGCUUGAAGAAGCUCAGAGAAAAUUUGCAGAUGUUGAGAACAUGCUCACGUGUGCCUGCAAAUGGCAAAAUGCAAAAUGUCCUUACGAAUCGUUUGCUGAUUAUUAGUAUUAUCUGCUG